ACAAACAAUUGAAAUGUUUUCUCUAAAAGUGUUCAUGUCAGUGCUUCUCUACAAACAAUAAUAAAUAAGUAAAAAGUUGUAAAAUGCUGGAAAAUUGGAAAAAUUGGUGUCGUUUGUGUGCAAGAAAAGACUGUGUAGCUGCAACUACAUCCUAUAAAAAAGAAAUUAUUAAAAAUCAAUUUGAUAUUGUCAAUAGAAUCUUCAUGAUUUCGCUUCAAUUUGUUGAUGAGACACAAUUAUCAAUUUGUGACGAUUGUUCAACAUUUUUAGCGAAAGCAGACAGCUUUCGAAAUCAAUGUGUGAAGGUUGAUCAAAUGUUUAAUGAAUUGCUGAUCAUUAGAAAUCAUUCAGAUGAAGAUCUUCAAGCAAUUCGCAUUAAGUUUGGAGUUGAUAGCGAAGAAAUCAAAUUCAACCCUGGCCUAGAAGAGAAGAAAGAAAAUAUCCUUGUACCUGAUGAAGAAUUCUCGGAUCCACUCGAAACGUCAUUUGUUGAUGACGCUGUUGUGAAGGAAGAACAAAAUGAUGUUCCUUUACGAAGGAGACGAGGACGUCCUAGAAAAUUGAGCAAACUUCCUUUGAAUAAAGUUAAGCUUGAAAAGAGAUUAAAUGAAUCAACCAAUGCACCAGAUAAGCCUAAUAAAGAAGAAGAGAAUCUAAAAGAGUCUUCCAAUGACGAAUCUGAGAUCCAACUGCCAGAAUGGCCAGAGAAAAAGAAGAAAAGAGGCAGGAAACCUCUUGAAAAAGUCUGCAAGAUCUGUGCAAAGACCUUUACGCGUUUCGACAGUCUCAAAAACCAUUUGAUGAUUGUUCACCGCCAAAGUGAGAUGCCCUACGUUUGCUCAAAAUGCCCAAAGAGAUUUGUGAAGGUUUCUAGUUUAAAAAUGCACGAAAGAUCGCAUUUACCCGACGAUGAACGCCUCACAUCCGUCUGUCCACUGUGUGAUAAGAAAUUCUCAACGAAAGGAAGUGUAAAGGUCCAUCUGAAAUCUGUGCACACAAAUGAGAAGUUUUUCAUAUGCGAAGACUGCGGGAAAUCCUUUAAGACGAAAACAGCCCUCAAUGAGCACCGGAUUGUCCAUAGCAACGAAUAUCCCUUUCACUGCUCCUACUGCCCGAAGAAAUUCAAAAAUCUCCCCGCAAAGAAACUCCACGAAGAAACACACACAGAUACUAAAUUUGAGUGCCCCACGUGUGGCCUCAAGCUCAACACAAAGCGAACUCUCAGACUUCACAUGGUGGUGCAUUCGGACAAGAGGAAAUACAAAUGCAACUACUGCGGAAAUGACUACAAACGUGCAAAAACUCUAAAAGAUCAUCUUCUUCUGCACACCGGGCAACGUCCGUAUGAAUGUCCUUUCUGCGAUAAAACCUUCACUACGGGCUCAAAUUGCCGAAGUCACAAAAAGAAGGAGCAUCCUGUUGAAUUGGCAGCUCUUGAAGCAUCCGGACAACAGAGUAUCACAAAUCUUCCCAAAUUACACGAUUUGCAAUCAAAGCUCGCAACGUCUAUCGCGGAAGCUGUUAUUCCAAGUUAAUGGAUCGUAUUCAGCGAUCAAGGAAUCGUUGAAACCACUAAAAUUUCAGUAAAAAUUCUUGAAAUUUCAAAGAUUUCUUGGUCGCAGAGUAGGACCCAAUAUUUGCCUAAAAUAAAAGUUUUAAGAAAGAAA